CUAAUUCGCUUUUGUGUAAUUCUAUUUCGACAGUUAUCUACAUCCACUAAUCGCCCCUUAUACGAAGAAGAAUGGUUCCAUGGUGUAUUACCAAGAGAAGAAGUCGUACGUUUACUUAAUAAUGAAGGUGAUUUCUUGGUACGCGAAACAAUACGCAAUGAAGAAAGUCAAAUUGUAUUGAGUGUCUGCUGGAAUGGUCAUAAACAUUUUAUAGUCCAAACUACAGUUGAUGGACAUUUUCGUUUCGAAGGGCCACCUUUUCCCAGUAUACAAGAAUUGAUUUUACAUCAAUAUCAAUCGGAAUUGCCAGUAACCGUUAAAUCGGGAGCCAUAUUGAGAAGGCCCAUAUGUCGAGAAAUUUGGGAAUUAAGUAAUGAUGAUGUAGUGUUAUUGGAAAAGAUUGGCAGGGGUAACUUUGGUGAUGUUUAUAAGGCAAAAUUAAAAUCCACCAAUUUGGAUGUUGCAGUCAAAACUUGUCGUAUGACUUUACCCGAUGAACAGAAACGUAAAUUCUUACAGGAAGGUCGCAUUUUAAAACAAUACGAUCAUCCUAAUAUUGUUAAAUUAAUUGGUAUUUGUGUUCAAAAGCAGCCCAUUAUGAUUGUUAUGGAAUUGGUACCAGGUGGUUCUUUAUUAAAUUACUUGCGUAAAAAUUCAAACAAUUUAACCACACGCCAACAAAUGGGCAUGUGUCGUGAUGCAGCUGCCGGAAUGCGUUAUUUGGAAUCUAAAAAUUGCAUACAUCGCGAUUUAGCAGCACGCAACUGUUUGGUCGAUCUAGAAAGUUCAGUUAAAAUAUCAGAUUUUGGCAUGUCACGUGAAGAAGAGGAAUAUAUAGUAUCGGAUGGUAUGAAACAAAUUCCCGUCAAAUGGACAGCACCAGAAGCCUUAAACUUUGGCAAAUAUACAUCACUGUGUGAUGUCUGGUCUUAUGGCAUCUUAAUGUGGGAAAUAUUUUCCAGAGGUGAUACACCCUACUCGGGAAUGACAAAUUCUAAGGCUAGAGAAAAAAUUGAUGCAGGUUAUCGCAUGCCAGCUCCUUGCAAUACUCCUCCCGAAAUGUAUCGUUUAAUGUUAAAAUGCUGGACUGCCGAAGCUGAAUCUCGUCCACAUUUCGAUGAAAUUUAUAAUGUCGUCGAUGCACUGAUUUUACGUUUAGAUAAUAGUCAUUAAAAUUAUUAUUAUUACACUCAUCAUAAUCACAUAACCUAACAUACCCCUACCAAUCCUCAAUCACAACUUCAACUACAGCCUAAACAUUACAACCACAAAAAAUAAUUAUUUUAUGCCUAACAUUUAUUAUUUAUUAACAUUAAAGCCUACAUUUUAGUUUUUUUAGCAUAAAUACAUACUUAAGGUGAUACCAAGUAAAACUGAGCAAAAAUAUAUAUAUAAAAAAAUAAUGUAUAAAAGAUCAUAAAAUUUAUGUCAUAUUGCAACGAAAAAAUAUUUUUGAAAAAAACAGUCGCUUUUUCGAAACGAUCAAAUAAAUAUUUUUUUAAACACAUUUUUAUAUACUACGUAAGAGCAUUUUACUCAAAAUCAAGCUAAUUAAAGAGAAGCAAUUUGGAAAUGUUUCAGUUUCUUAAAAAGUUGUCUCUUUAAUCUAUAUCAUUAUAAUGUGCCAAAACUAUUGAAAAAAAAAACUUUAACAAAAACAAAAAACGUAAGAGUUUUGCAACAAAUUUAUUUCUUUUUUAUUUAGUUUUAUAUUUUAUUAUCUUUUUCGUUUUGUUAUUUAUUUAGUUUUUGUUUUUUAUUGUACAUUGAUUUCCUUAUGAAUUAUUAUUCAAUUUUGACACUUUAUAGAUCAGAAAUUUAUUAAAGUGUCUCUCUGUAAGACGAAUUUUUACAUGCAUAAUACAUCUUAGAUAUUUAACUUUAAUUUUUGAUUUUAAAUUCAAAAUUAAAAAAAUCGUUUGUUUUAGUUGUAUAAAUUAAUAUAUUAAAUAGUUUUUAAUCGCUUUAAUUUGUUGUAUAAAAUUUAUGUUUCAAAAAUCGAUUAUUAAGUAAUAAUUACAAAUUAUAUUUUAUUUUUAAGUUAAAAUGCUAUAAAUAUUACAAGAAAUAUAAAAAUCAAGUAUAUAUACAAUAAAAUUUUGAAAUAUAUG